AUGGCUGCAGUGUUGAACUUUCGCAUUAUCCCCAAUGCCCUGCUUACAGGCAAUUGUCCUCCUCGUUUCUUGCACAAAAAGGCAUUGUCAGAGUUGGCUGAAGCCGGGUUUACAGCGACUCCCAAGACUUUGCUCAAACAAAAGCCCAAGACUAAGCGUGUGCUAAUUCUGCUCCUCAAUGCAGUCGCCAUCUUGAAUGAGGAGCGGUUUCUGGCAAGAAUUGGAUGGGCGCGAAACAGCGCAGAACUCUAUGGCGACACAGAGUCUGUAAAGGCCAAAUUGAUCAACCUCAUUUCAGCGGUGCGGACGCUCAUGCGGAUUCCUCUCAUUGCCGUCAACGUCGUUGUCAUUGUGUAUGCCCUUGUCCUCGGCUAA